GCUGGGUCUAAGUUAAGUGUUUCGCUUCACAUCUCAUGCUUUAUGAUUGGAGGAAUAUACAUCUGUUUACAAUUAAGAAGAUCACUAAAGGUGUAUUUGUUGGACUAAAAGGUUCAUAAACUGUAUAUUUGAGAUAAGAAAACAUACACUUAUUAAGGUUCCGUGAUGGCUGGACAGAAGGGGCGUGGCCUGCUGUUGGCUGUCUGCACAAUGGUCAUUUUAGUCAGUUUGGCGGUCAACGGGCAAAACGUUCCCGAACAGGAACUCAACCCCGAGUUCUGGCGCCGGGCAGCGCAGAACAAGAUAGAACAACGCCUGAAACAGAAGGAGAACCACAACAAAGCCAAGAAUGUCAUCUUAUUUAUUGGAGACGGGAUGGGACCGACCACAGUCACGGCUGCACGCAUUCUCAAGGGUCAACUGGCUGGCCAGCCGGGAGAGGAGAGCGUGUUUAACUUUGAGAAAUUCCCCAAUGUUGCCCUGUCAAAGACAUACAACGUUGACCGUCAGACCCCGGACUCUGCUGGAACAGCGACGGCGAUUCUAACUGGAGUGAAGACGAACUACUUCCUGGUUGGUCUGGAUCCCCGCACCACCGCCCUCGACUGCGAAAGUCAGCAUGGUCGCGAGCUCGAAACCAUCCUGGACUGGGCUCAUGAUGCUGGUAAGAAGACCGGUGUUGUUACGACGGCGCGGAUCACGCACGCGACCCCAGCGGCCGCCUACGCCCACUCCGCAGACCGCUACUGGGAAGGCGAUGUCGACACACAGGACAUCACUGGUGGAUGUCGCGACAUAGCCCAGCAGCUCGUCGACGAUAACGGGUUUAUUGAUGUGCUAUUUGGCGGUGGACGUCGCUACUUCCUACCAAACACGACGUUGGAUCCGGAAUACAGCAACAUCGACAAAAACCACCGCCUGGACGGCAGAAAUCUUAUUGAGGAUUGGAAGAAGGGACGGCUGUCUGAUGGGAAGCGGGCGGAAUUCGUGUGGAACAAGAAACAAUUUGAGAACCUUGACGCCUCCAAGCUCGAUUCCAUCAUGGGUCUGUUUGAGCCGAAUCACAUGCAGUAUGAAUUGGAGCGGAAUAAGAACGACACCGGGGAACCAUCCCUAGCGGAAAUGACGAGAAAGGCGCUGCAGGUGCUACAGAAGGGGUCGGAAGGAUACUUCCUGCUCGUGGAAGGUGCUCGCAUUGACCACGGCCACCAUGACAACCUUGCAAAGAAAGCGCUAUAUGAAACAGUCGAAAUGGAGAAAGCAGUCCAGGUGGCGCUCGAAUUGACCAAUCAGGAAGAUACAAUGAUUGUCGUCACGGCAGACCACUCCCAUCCUUUUGACAUCACGGGGUACCAGUACAGGGGAACGGACAUUUUUGGGCUCGUGUCCCCUGUUGACCCUACUGAGGACACGACUGACGGGAAGCCAUACAGCGUUCUCUACUACGCUAACGGACCCAGCUACAAGGAGCCGCGUGUUGACCUUUCCAAGGAGGACAUGCACGACAAUAACUUCGCGUUCCCGAGCGGUGUACCAAUGCCCUGGGAAUCCCAUGGGGGUGAAGAUGUAGCCAUCUACGCCCAAGGGCCAAUGUCACACCUAUUCCACGGUGUACAGGAGCAGAACUAUAUCGCACACGUGAUGGCGUACUCUGCUUGCAUUGGUCCGUACAAACAGCCGUGUGAACGGAUGAGCCCCUAUCCCACAACUGCCUCAGCCGACGGAUUAUCAGCACAUGCUCAUAUAUUGACAGCCUCGUUGUUAAUAAUUAAUUUUAUUAUCAAUGUUAUUGUUCAAUAGAACUUGAUUAUUCUAUUUGUGAAACAGCACGUAUUUGAAGUUUUCCUGUAGAAAAUCAUGCAUGUAAAAUAACACUGUCAAGCUUUUCACCUUGUUCAGAUUGCCCAAUCACUUAAAAUAAUGAUUCUAAUUGAUUUAUACUAAACCAUGGUCGAAAUCUUCAUAGUACUUUUGCAAACUAAUUGCGAAACAUUUCUGUUGACAUUUUUCUAUUUUUCACUCAAGUUAAACAUGUAGUCAUGACGCUAAUAUGCAAUUCUAAACCCUUUCUAUGUCUUGUGCUUGUUAUGCCUUAUUCGUUUUGUGAUUACUGUUAAUACGUUCAUUAUACAUGUAAACUGGUACACAUUUUCAUUAUAUUGCAUGCAGGACUUUGCAUAAGAUUUGAAUACUGUUUCAAACAGUUUCUGUAUAUAAUGAAAUUGUCCAUGAAAUCAACAUAAUACAAUGUAUGAUACUUGACAAUGUGCUUUAGUGACAUACUAGUAUGUAAAUCAAUACGGGAUAGAGUCAAUUGUAACCACGCCCCAGGUCCGGGGAAUAGCGGGGACUUUGACUUUCCGUCCAGCCACCCCCGGGUGAAAUUUCCGCCCUGCGGGGACGAACUGUUGGUCAAAUCCCCGCCAAAGGCCCCCGCUACCCAGGGAGCCUAGGUAAGGCAAAUUCCCCGCUAUAUUUAAAGCAAAACAAAACCACCGCAUUUACUCGGCACUGCGGGGCCACCUGAAUGAUAAAAACACUGCCCAUUUCCACGGCUAUCCCCGGUUUACCCCCGAACCUGGGGGUGGGGGUUGCUUCUGAGAAAAUAAAUAUCUAUGAUUAAGGGUCGAUUUAUACAUGAUUCCCAUUAAAAACUAAUGUAUGCGUUGAAUUGUAAUACUUUUGAAUGCUUAAAGUACAUUAUAUUUAUAUGCUAUCGAUGUUAAAGCUGCACUCUCACAGAUUGACCAUUUUUACAACCUUUUUUUGCAUAAAUAUCUGAAAACCAAUGAUAUAAGAUUGUUGACAAUAAAUCAGAUCGUAGAUUUUCAUAUUUCCGUUCGAAAAUUAAUGUUUUAUGGCUUCAACCGUUACUAACGGGAUAAGAAAAAUGCAUAAAACAUUAUUUUUCGAACUUCAAUAUAAACAUCUGCGAUAUAUUUUUUGUCAGCAGUCUUAUACAACUAUUUUCCAUGAAUUGUCGCAAAAAUUGGCUUGUUCCAAGACAAAAAAUAAAAAAAUAUCAAUCUGUGAGAGUGCAGCUUUAAAGUGACAUAGUCUCUCUAAUUAAUAAAAUUAUCAGUCAGAUAUAAGUAGCAAUGCUCUUUGACACACUAUGGUUAUGUUACGUGUGUUUGAACCAUCACUGUUAAGCUUUACACCUAUUAUAGUCUAUGACUCUACGUUACUGUGGUUUUAGCUAUUUUCUAAAUAUUUAAUCUUACUUGUGCAGCACUCAGCAGUUUUAGGAAACGUCGCUCGGUCAAAUUGUAUUGCAAAAUUAUGAUUCACAUGUCAUUUAACGUGACCCAUGAUAAAUAAUAAAAUUCAUAUUCAC